AUAGAGUGGCUCCCUCAGAGGCCCUGUGUGUGUUGCCAGGCGUGGAAGGGAGGAGAGCUCUUCUCCACAGACUGCCAGCUCGGGGUCAGAGGAGCAGCCUCUCUUGCUGUCUCCUGAGCCCGAUCCUUCUUGGCCAUCACCUCCUACCCGCCCUAUGGCGGCUCUCACGGACCUCUCCUUUAUGUACCGCUGGUUCAAGAACUGCAAUCUUGUCCGCAACCUCUCAGACAAGUAUGUCUUCAUCACAGGCUGUGACUCCGGCUUCGGGCACCAACUGGCCAAACAGCUGGUUGAUCGAGGCAUGCGGGUGCUGGCUGCUUGUCUCACUGAGGAGGGGGCCCGGAAGCUUCAACAAGACACCUCCUAUCGGCUGCAGACCACCCUCUUGGAUGUCACCAAGAGCGAGAGCGUUCAGGCGGCGGCCCACUGGGUGAGGGACCAAGUGGGCGAGCAAGGCCUCUGGGCCCUGGUGAACAAUGCUGGUGUGGGCCUGCCCAGUGGUCCCAACGAAUGGCUGACCAAAGAGGACUUUGUGAAGGUCAUCAAUGUGAACCUGGUGGGACUGAUUGACGUGACCCUCCACAUGCUGCCCAUGGUCAAGAAAGCCCGGGGCAGGGUCGUCAACAUGUCCAGUUCUGGUGGUCGUGUAGCUGUCAUUGGCGGUGGCUACUGUGUCUCCAAGUUUGGUGUUGAGGCCUUCUCUGACAGCAUCAGGCGUGAGCUCUACUACUUUGGGGUGAAAGUCAGCAUCAUUGAGCCGGGGAACUAUCGGACAUCUAUUCUGGGCCAGCAAAGCAUGGAGUUGCGCUUGCGGAAGAUGUGGGAUCGGAUGCCUCAGGAGACCCGGGAUAGCUACGGAGAGGAGUACUUCCAAAUCUGGCUGCUAUGAGGAUGAAUAUCUGUGAAAUGACCUGCACAUACUAAAUGCUUGUGAAAUGAAUACAGAGGAUAAGGAGCACCCAAGUAUGUAAGGCAGCUCCCUUUCUCUCUGGGCUAAGGAUCUUCUGUGAACCUCAGGAGAGUAGAGGAGGGUCAUUACAGCUGUUUUCUAUACUGCCCCCAAACUUUGUGCAUUUCUUCCAGAUUGAGGAAUGAAUGGAGCUCCGGCCAUGGGGGCUCAAGAGGAGGGGGUGGCCUGUGGGUGCAGUGGAGGAGGAAUUGGCCAAAAGACCUGUUAGGGCACCUCGUGGUAGGAGAGAGAAGGCCAUUCUGAGCACCAGAAGUCCCAAUGUUCUCUCAGGUCAUCUAAUCUCAAAGCUGAGGCUUGAUUGCAGGGGAGGAUGAUCCAGAAGACUUCCUAGUUCUCUCCAUUUCUCUGGCUCCAAGCACCUCAGAGCCACCUCUGGAGUUGCCUUUGUGAGGGGCAGACUCUGACCUGUCAACAGAAAUUGGUGCUGGCACAAGCAGCUGCCACCUCCUUGGCAGGCAUCUCACUUCUCCAGUUGCUUCUCUGUGACCUGGCUGCCAGCCAAGAAGGUGGCGCUUGGCUGGUUCAGGAGGUUCUGUUGGGCCCGAGUGAAGCAGCCAGGCUCUCAGCCCUGUUCCCACUCCCUUUGGACCUCAAUAGUGUCGUUAUGCCUUUCCCUAACCCAGAUUUCCCCCUCUCUUUUCUUGGCUUCCAUGAACAACCUCUGAAAGACUAUUUACUAUUGUGGCUAAGCUAAGACUCUGGAACUGGGCUGCCUGAGUGCAAAUUUUAGCUCUUAUGAAUUUUGUCUUGGGCAAGUUACUCGGUUUUCUCACCUGUAAUGAGUUAUGAGAAUUCAAUGAGUUAAUAUACAGGGUGUCCCCAAAAAUGUACACACACACAUUGAAUAAUUAUAAAGGCAGUAUUUAUUAAAAUACAUUUCAUUUUCAAAAUUGAGCUAUCAGCUGUUAAAGUGUGUAUAUACAUGUGUAUAUAUAAAAUGUUUAGAUCGCCUGAUCCCUGGUAGGAACAAUUUGAUUUAAAAGUGGUUUUUCUCCUCCCUUAGGCUGAGUAUAGCCUCCUUCUCUCCAUUAUACUGAUACCUACAAGCUAUAAGUUCUGUAUGGCAAAGAGACAGUCUUAGAUAGUAAUUGUCCAAAAUCCAAAGUGAUGCAUUUUUUAAAUAUACCCAGAAAGUCUCAAUGAGUUCAAUGUAAUCACUCAAUCAAAUGCAUGGCAGGUAUCUAACUGCCCGGCAUGGUCUCCUGAACAACAUACAUCAACAGAGUAAAAAGCCAAGUUGCCAAAACCACGACAGCCAUUUAUUCCCUUAUUACACAUUCGAUUGAGAGCCCACCCCAUGCCAGGCAUUGUGUGGAGCUGGGAGUGAGAGUAGAUCAAGCUGCAGGGCUCUACUCUGGCUCAGUGCAGGCAGAAGUCGCAAUCUUCUGCGGGCCUUAAAAGAAUAUGGAGAAAGACAAACUUCCUCUGAAAACCACUUGUCAAAAAACUGCUACCAUUCCUCUGGAGACCGUGUGGAUUCAGAGUUUAGAUGACAGCUGUCCUUCCAACGACUUUACACAACUGUCUAAACUUCAGUUUCUUCAUUAUAAAGUAUAAUCAUUCCUCCCUCCGGAUUGUUCAGAGAAUUAAACCUUAGCCAUCGCUGUUAGCACUGAGGGAAGUUGGACUGGGGGAGGUGUGAC